ACGCAGGCAGUCGUGAGAUACCAAAAGUCGCUACAAAUGGUUCGGAUUAUUGUGCGACGUUUGCCCGCUACUGGUGGGCUCUUUUUCGCUCUCUUGGUGGCGUCUACGCUGAAGCCGACGACAGCCGAAGCACUGUACGAGAUGUAUGCCGUCACCCCUUACGAUCCUGCUGGAGAUGUUUUUUGCUAUUCCCAUACGCCAUUCAGCUAUGACUACCCGACAUGGGCUGAAUACUUCGGCGGUGGCUGCGAGGGACGCCGGUGCAAGUACUCAAGUGGCGGCGAAGUGCUAGUACAUCACUUCAGGUGUCGGCCUAAUAUCACCUUCCAGACUCGCCGGUGCCGAAGUGAAGAAGAGGAUAGCUCCUUUCCACACUGCUGCCUGCCCGUCUGCAGUGAUGCACUUUACUGAAACGCUAGUGAGAUGAAGCUGCAUCAGUAAAAGAAAAAAAAACUGA